AUGCUCCUCUUUCGAGUGCUCCCCGCCAUUCUGGGCCUCGCGGACUGCGCCUACGCCCUCAUUCCCAAACCCCCUAACUACGAGGGGGAGAAUUAUAAUUAUGAUUUGACUUACCAGCCGCCGCUAAAGAUCUUGGAGGAGCCUCAGUACAGAGACGACUCCGAGAAAACUGAUGCCAUCGCCGAGGCCUUCCGACACUCAUGGCGCGGUUACUACACCUACGCCUUUCCAAAGGAUACCUUGAACCCGUUGAGUGGUACAUUUGAGAAUGAUUUGAGUGGAUUUGGUAGUACGGCUAUCGAGUCGCUAACCACAGCCAUCAUCAUGGGCGAAAAGACCAUCAUGGAUCGCAUCAUGUGGUUCAUCGGCAGUGCAACUUUUACCGUCACCAAGCUGGUUGCCGAGGAAGUCAACGUCUACGAGGCGACUAUUCGACUUAUUGGCUCAAUGGUCUCGGCUUACGACCUCCUAAACGGCCCCUAUCGAAAACAUGCCUCAACAAAGUCUAGCCUGAACGCCCUCUUGGACCAGGCAGUCAUCCUAACAGAUGUUUUAAAGGUCGCAUUUGGCUCGGACACAAGAAUCCCUGCCGGGGGUGUCCUCUUGACGCCCAUGGUACAGAGGUCAGGGCGUCUAGAGACGACCCUGGGAGCAGCUGGCGGUAUGGGCGUAGAGCUGGAUGGCAUCCACCACCGAUCCGGUCUCAAGAAGCUCUGGAAGAACUUUGUCAACGGCUUCAAGGCACUCAUCGGGCAGCCCAUCCUACACGACAAGACUAUCCCGGGCUUGUUCCCGGACAUGGUCAACACCAAGCAGGGUGGGUUCUUCAGCAAACAAGGAGGUUACACGAAGAACACGGCCCCCUUUUACCACGGUAUGAUAAAGCUGCGCAACAUGGACUCGAGGCGGUAUAACCGGACGGCGGAGCUGUGGGUCGAGUCGGUCGAGGAUAUUAUGAAGCAUCUCACUUCACAUCCCAUGAACCAUCGGAAUUUGACCUUUUUGGCUGGCUUCCAGGAUGCACAGCAUAUACCCAGGGCAGAGUUGAGUACGAAACUCCCCGAUAACACUCUUCCUCCGAUCAAGCUGACAGGAACGAUAGCAAGCUGCUCUGCCGGCGCCAUGUUCAUCCUCGGCGGUGCCACCCUCAGGAGGCAGCGCUACAUCGACUUUGGCCUCAGAAUCGCCGAGACGUGCUGGACUGUGGCCAGCAGCAUGCCCUCAGGUCUUCCCCCUCGCGCGUUCAAAUGGAUCGACGCCGAGCUCACAGCCGGCACGAGGCGCAACCCCCUCCCGCCGGUUCACUUUGAGGCAUUCGCCAACGAAACGGGUUUCUGGCCGACGCAACGCUCCUACACUCUCGAUUCAGACCUCUUUGAGACCAUGUACUACGCGUACCGCAUGACGGGGGAUAUCAAGUGGCAAGACCGCGCAUGGGACAUGUUUGUGAACAUCAACUCAACAUGCCACGUCUCAAACGGCUUCGUAGGCAUAAACGACGUAACAGUGAAAGACGGAUACGACCUACAAGGUGCCCCAGUCCAGGAUAAGGACCAGUGGAUCAACAAGAUGGAGGGCGAGUGGAUGUCGCGGACGCUCAAGUACCUGUACCUCACGUUCGCGCCCAACGGGCCCUGGCAGCUGCAGUGGGACGGCGACGGGGCGUUUGUCUUUUCGCACGGCGGCCAUCUGAUCCAGAAGCCCCUGUGGAGGAGCCUGGACGCCUUUGGGCACAGGAGGCAUCCGUGGUUGCCGGACUGGGAUGAGGUUGAUCUCAAGGUUACAGGUGGCUAUCAAGGCACGGAGCAUGAGGGUUGA